AUGCCUGACCGUGAAAACACAUUUGUGAUCAAGAUUAACUGUUGUUUUAAAGGAAGUACAGGGAAGCUUUGUAAAAUAAACUUUUUUUUUUUUUUCAUUCUUUUUCUUUUCUUUUUCUCUAUUCUCUUGUUCUUUCUUCUCUUUUUCUUUCUUUCUUUCUUCACUCUCUUCUUGCACACUUUCUUCUCUUCUCUUUCUCUCUGUUCUUUUCCUCCUCUUUCUCCUUUUCUUUUCUUCUCUUCUUCUCUUUCUUCUCUUCUUCUCUUUCUUCUCUUCUUCUCUUUCUUCUCUUUCUUCUCCUCUUUCUUCUCUUCUUCUCUUUCUCCUUCUUCUCCUCUUUCUCCUUCUUCUCCUCUUUCUCCUUCUUCUCCUUUUCCUCUUUUCUCCUUUUCCUCUUUUCUCCUUUUCCUCUUUUCUCUUCUUUCUCUUUCUUUCUCUCUUUUUUUUUGUGACGUUUUUUUAUCUCUCUGCCCGGUUUGUAACCUUUUUCUCUCACUCUGCCUGGUUUGUGGCCUUUUCUCUGCACUUCCCUCUACUGCUCAGUUUGUGAUCUUUUCUCUUUUCUUCUUUCUCUUUGUACCCUCCCCUACCACCUACUUUUUGUUCACAAUUAGAGACCCUUUUCCAGUGGUUUGUGGUCUUCCCCAUCCCCAGAUUGUGACCUCCCACUCCUUAUUUGUGACUUUUCCCUGUCCCUCUGCUCAGUUUGUGACUUUCCCUGUCCCUCUGCCCAUUUGUGGCUUUUCCCCUUUCCCAUUCUGCCCAGUUUGUGGCUUUUCCCCUUUCCCAUUCUGCCCAGUUUGUGGCUUUUCCCUUCCCAUUCUGCCCAGUUUGUGGCUUUUCCCCUUUCCCAUUCUGCCCAGUUUGUGGCUUUUCCCCUUUCCCAUUCUGCCCAGUUUGUGGCUUUUCCCCUUUCCCAUUCUGCCCAGUUUGUGGCUUUUCCCCUUUCCCAUUCUGCCCAGUUUGUGGCUUUUCCCUUUCCCAUUCUGCCCAGUUUGUGGCUUUUCCCCUUUCCCAUUCUGCCCAGUUUGUGGAUUUUUUGUCUCAUUCUGCCCAGUUUGUGGAUUUUUUGUCUCAUUCUGCCCAGUUUGUGGAUUUUUUGUCUCACUAUACCCGGUUUAUGGCCUUUUCUCUGUCCUUCCCUUUACUGCUCAGUUUGUGAUCUUUUCUCUUUCCUUUUAUGAAUUUAGAGGUAUCUAUCUAUCUAUCUAUCUCUGUCACUCUUUCUUUUUCUCCGAUUCUUCUCUUUUUUUUCUCACCUCUCUCUCACCUCUCUCUCUCACUCACUAG